UUAAAUCCAUUUCAAUCAGUGUCGAUGAAGUGGAGGAGACGGGUUAAAAAAUGAUUUUUAAGACUUGAGAUAUGGAUUGUACAUGUGUGCAACGCUGCCUGGUUUUUCUUGCGUUCGAGCAUUAUUGUAUCCAGCAUUCUGAAAAUGAAUGCAUUUAUUGUUAAUUAGCUCCUGCAAUUUUUUUGGGGGGGCUGCAUAUAUACGUAUUUGUAAGUCUGUCACCACAUCAAACACACUCACGAUUUCAAAAGUUAUACUAAUAAGUUAUGGAAAGUACACUAUUAGUACACUUUAUUUCUGGCCUUUGGGAAACAACCUCACAUGGAUUGGGAGAGAGUGAGUGUGGGUGAUAUUGGCCAAUUCAUGUGUGGGCGUUAAGGGUCAGUGCACGCUGGGUCAAACAGUAGUUGAAUCUCAAUAGUUUCCUUUCCUUAAUCUGAAUUAAUGUGGGUAAAAAACAGAACUGCUUAACAGGAUAGACCUCAAGUGUCAGCUAAAAGUAUCUGGGACUGGACAAAGAGAGGACAGAGAUCCGGUUGUUUUGCUGUCAACCUGCAUUACUAUGAAAUACUUGGCAGGAGUCCUGUUGCUCUUGGCAACAAUGUUCACUACAGUCAACAGUGCAGAGUGCCAGUGUCGGUGUGAUGAGGAGCGGUUGAACACGGAACUGAGCUCGGUGGAUGACCGCUACCCGACGUGCAGGGAAGAGAUGAUGGGGAACAUCACCGAAGGUGACCUGCUGACCAGGGAACGCCAGGCCAGCCCUUCUUUUUCCACCGCCUGGUCGCAAGCUGAACGCUGCAAUGUGACGGUGGCGAACCUCACCGACCUCCAUGUCACAGCGCUGACCCUCUACACAAACACAUACAACCGCACCUUCCCUUUGAUCUUUGACGUGGAAGCUAGAUCUAUGGGCCCCGACGCCAAUGUUUACCGCCAGUACUUCCUGUUCAAGUCCCUCCACUUCCUGCUGACCGAUGCCCUGCGGCUCCUGAUAGGGCGGGAGGAGGCGGAGGCAGAGGCGGAGCAGGAUGGGAAGGGCUGCCUGCUGGUGUAUGCUAACAGCAGGCGUGGGGACAACUUGCGAGGGGAGGUGGGGGAUCAUGUGCGCACUGGGCACUUUGUCCUAGCAUCCACGCGGCGGUACAGCUCCAGCUUUGACCUGACCAUCCGGACGUGCCACGGGCACCUGCUGCCCCGCUCGCACUCACGUCACUGCCGCUCUUCUUCAGGUCUCAAUGUGCUGGUGCCACCCUACGAGCUGUUCAGGGUGGUGGCGGUAAAGAAGGUACCUAACAAAUGGAGAGGGGCUCUGACAUGGCACUUCUACCUGGAGUCUAUUGGCACUAUGACCAAACUCAACUGCGCUAUGACUUCUGCCAUGUGAACGGCAAGUCAGUUUGUACAAAGCUUUAAGCAAAUAAAGUUUGUUUGUUUGAAGAAUCGA